GAAUGAUAGUGCUGUUAAAUGGAAUGCAGUUCACGUUUGAGUAAAUGUACAAUGUUGUUUUAAAUUAAUUAAAUAGUGUUUGUGCUUAUGUGUUCAAGAUAAAACUGAUACAAACGAUUUACAUAUCGGCUAUUAAAAAUAAUAUCGGCUGAUUGAAAUGACUGGUUUAUAGAUGAUACCUAACCUAGCUUUGAAAAUUGUAUUGUUGGAGAACUAUAUAGAGUUUGUAGUUUACUGAAAUUACAUUAUUGUGAUAUACAAUUAAUAAAGACCUUACAGUAUUUUAGCAGAUACCUUAUUAUACAAUAAUGGACAUGGAGAAAGAAGAACUGCUCGAAGAAACAUCAGAAUUGUGUGUAAAUUCUCAAAACGAAAUGGAUUUAGAAAAUCAUCAAGAUAUGGUUUUCACAAAUGAAAGUGUGUCAGUAAUGAAGGAUAUACUGGAAGCCAAAAUUGAUAUUCAUAACAGAAUGUCGGAUACAAGUCAGUGCAGUCAAACAUUGGAAGAAGAUACUAUAUCCGCUUACGACACAAAUGCAUGUAAUAGUUCUACCAUGGAAGACUACGUCGUGGAAUCAAACACAGACAGCAUUACGGCCACAGACGAUUUAAGGCACUUUGAUGUUUUGGAUGAUUUAGAACGUCAUCCGGAUCAGAACUGUUCAGAUAUGGACUCUGAUACAAAUGAAAGUAUGGAUUCUGAUGUACCUGAUGAAGAAAUUGAGGCAAUGUUAGAAGAAGGUUUACCAGAGGAAUUUAAAGGCAAAAGAAAAGACAAGAAAGAUAGUGUGCCAUAUGAAGAAAAAGAGAAACUUGUCUUGGAUGAAAUUGGCCACAAUCAUUUCGAUGUGCUUCCCGAGGGUUGGGUGCAAGUAACACAUAACAGCGGGAUGCCUUUGUAUCUUCACAAACAAAGUAGAGUUUGUACUCUUGCCAAACCAUAUUUUCUUGGACCCGGCAGUGUCAGAAAACAUGAAGUACCUGUGAGUGCUAUACCUUGCCUUCAGUACAAAAGAGCUCUUCAAGAAGAAGAGGAAGAAAGGCAGAAGGAAAAAGAACGUGAUCCAAAUACAGAAGCCUGUAGUCUACCUAGUGCAAAAAUUGAAACGAUUCAAGAAAAUCGAGCAGCGCAUUCUUUAGACAGUGAACAAUUAAGAAGUUAUUGCCAAUCCCUUUUUCGUUUUAAAGCUAUCAAAGUAAUGAGAUUUCAGUCAUGGUCGGCAAGAAGAAAGUUUACGAAAAAUAAAAAACAUCGUAAACAGCUGGAACGACCAACUUUACCUGACGGAACGAAAUUAAUAACAUUUCCAGUUAGUAGUACUAACUUGACAGGUAAUAGCAGUGGUGUCACAGGAGAUGACAACGGUGGGCAAAGACCACCGAAACACUGGAUAAUGAAUCCUUCGGGAAAAAGUUAUGUUUGUAUACUCCAUGAGUACGUACAACAUGCGCUUAAAAAGCAACCAACUUAUAAAUUUAAGGAAUUAGAAAAUGCUGCAACACCGUACUCCGCUGUUGUUUGCAUCAACGAUAUGGAAUAUGGAAGUGGUUUUGGUAGCAGCAAAAAACAAGCAAAGGCAAAUGCUGCUCGCAAAACCUUAGAAAUCCUAAUCCCUCAAAUGAGAGAUAAAAUUUCUGGCGAUAACGCAGGAGAUGCAGCUACUGGUAACAACAGCCGUAUGAUCAAAGCAUCCAGAACAAAUUCCGACGCGGAUCUGUCGUUCUUUGAUGAAAUCUCGAUAACCGAUCCACGAGUCGCAGAAUUUUGUGCCAAAACAACAGAGCCAUCUCCACAUGCUAUUUUAAUUACAUGUUUACAACGAAAUUAUGGCCUGGGAGAUAUGCAUAUUAACUAUUCUGUAAAUACUUUAAAGCAUCAACGCAAUGAAUUUACAAUGCGAGUAGGAAAACACGAAGCCACUGUCGUAUGUCGUAAUAAAAAAGAUGGUAAACAACGAGCAGCACAAGCGAUUCUGCAACUUAUGCAUCCUCAUAUACAGUCUUGGGGUUCUUUAUUGAGGCUCUAUGGAUCUCGUAGCGUAAAGUCUUUCAAAGAAAAGAAACAACUGGAACAAGAAAUAACGUUACUGCAAGGUAAAGCCGCGGUAAAUCAACCAAAUCACGCUAUUUUAAGUAAACUUAGACAAGAAAUGCGCAAAUUAGCCGAACAACGGCAGGCAAUACAACCUAUUGGUAAGUUCGUGCCACCAGAUUUGCCAACAGGGUCUGCAGCCAACUUGAACAAUGUAGAUUUAUAGCGUCCUAGUCAAUCAUGUGAAUCCUACAAAUCGAACUUCAUUUCAUAAAGAUUUGAGACGAAGAAAGUACUUCGAAUUUCUUUACCAUUUUCUGUCUUUCGUGCACAAAGUGUAUUUUGUAUGCCCAAUUUUACAUUGUAAAAACAACAUGAUUCUAUUGAAAUGGUGCUGAUUAUCAUUAUUGUGUAUACCCUUUAAUAUUUUCAUUUUUAACACACUGUACAAAUUCAACGUUUGUAAUAGGAUAUGAAUGGUGUAAUAGGAAGCUGGUUGAGAAUAAAUGAAACUUUGACCUGAACUUCAGUUAUCAACAAUUGAAAUAUCACAGAGUACUACCUCAUCUGCCGCCAUAUUCUUGUUGCACCAUUAUAGAUUUUUAAAUUAGAUUUACUUGUUAUACUAUUAUAGAUAUAGAUACACUUUUUUAAAUUAGAAUUACUUUUAUAUGAGGAGGCUAAUACUAUAUAUUUCUGUUUAAAUUAUGUAUUUAAGAUGAUUUUAUAUAUAUGAGCAUAUUGAAAGAACAGUGAUUUUGAGAACAUGACCAUUUUAUUUUCAAAGAACUGAUUACAAUAAACUAUACUUCAGUUCUGUGUAUGUAAUAAGGCAUCGAAACUUGCAUAUUAAUAACAGUGAUAAUGUAUUCAAAAGUAUUACAAUUAUUCUAUUGAAAUUACUACUAAAAUUAAUAUAAAUAAAUGAUCAAAUUACAAAUAAA